AUUGAUGCUUUUGUUGCUGAAUUUACACCAGCUCUUAACGAAGAACAAGAAAGAGCGUUUCGUUUAAUUGCUUCUCAUACUCAACAGGAAAAAUCAGAUCCGUUGAGAAUGUUUAUUGGAGGGCCGGGUGGGACAGGAAAAUCACAUGUAAUAUCUGCGUUGAAAUUGUUCUUUGAAGCUCAAGGGGAGAGUAGGCGUUUUAGGUUAGCAUCUUAUACGGGUGUAGCCGCGAAAAAUAUUUCAGGAAUGACUUUACAUUCAGCUCUGUUGCUGUUGACGACGGCAUCCGCAAAAGUAAAUAGCAAAUCUCGUCAAAAACUUCUCGCAAUGUGGCAAGGUGUUGAUUACUUGUUUAUUGACGAAGUGUCUAUGCUGGGUUGU